AUGUACAGUACACGUACCUCCACCGUCGCAGAGCUCCUCCCCUCGCAUCUCUCCGACCGCUGGGCGGCGUUUGGAGAGGAUGGAUGGAUGGGGCAGCUGUCCCUCCCGUCCAUGAUGAGCAUCGGGCCAGGCACUUGCAGAAUUGCAGACUUGCAGCAUCCCGCACUUCACUUCCCAGGUCACCCAUUACUUUUAACGUGCUAACCACGCCAAGCAACGUCUCGGUCGGCACAUUGGACUCUGUGGUGCGGUGCGGUUCGGACAGGGGUCUUGGUCUCAGGAGGUCGUGCCCUCUGAGGUCUGUUGUCCGCUGGUCACACCUCACAGGCAAGGGCCAGAAAGCCGCCAUGCGCCAUGCGCGAGGCCCAGGGCCGUCUUGUCUUUUUAAGUGCGCGGCUGGACGCACGCACGCCCACAUGCACGUAGGGCGUACAGUACGCACCACUGAACAGGGCGCGGCCGCGGCUCCAUCGGCGCUCCCUCUUCAGGUUCCGGCGCCCCUUUGGGCUCCCGGCUUGACCUUCGACCUUCUUGUGCCGGAAGCGCCUGGUGAACAAACUGCUGUCCCGGUAUUUUUCUUGUGGCGCGGCCCGCCAAGGAAGCAAAGUGCCUGGCUGGCAACGAACUAUUGCCAGCUGACAGUGUCAGCCCAGCCAGCUCAACUCAUUCAUCGCCACCCAGACACCUGUAUUCUGUCCAGCACCAAAUGCAGAGCUCAAGGUCGACUUACGGCACAGUCGGGCCCCCCAUUCUGCCCCAUAAUUGACCUUUCCGGUUCGUGCGAUCUCACCUACCAUUUACGUACUAUAUGUACGGAUUGGCGAACAGUUGGUCGCCCGCUGUGUGGGCGGAAUAAGCGAUCGAAGCCGCCGCUUCGCAUAGACGUGAUAGGAAUUCGAGCCACCCUGCUCGCCUGAUCCAUCGUUGAUAAUAUUAUUUCUCGUCACAGCGUGACCCAAUCGAACGAAAGGUGUUGAGAGCGCAAGCUGCAUAGUAUAACUAGGCACUUCUAGCGCAGCAACCCGAAAACUUGGAAGCUUGUCUCGCUCCGUCCGUCUGUAAGGAGUAGCUAAGGUAGCUUUGCGCGCGCGCCCAGAGUGAGAGUGACAACAGUGAGACUGAGCAGACUCAGGCUCACCCACAGCCUGAGUCCACACACACACACACACACAUGUCGCUUAAGUUAGCCCUUGACGACGAGCGCAGUA